AAUCUGCGCAUAGAACCGGAGAAAUCACGAAGCCAGCCAUGGGACAGCCCACCCUGUGCUGCCUGGCGACCAUCUGUGUGGCGCUGCUCCUCACCAGCAGGGCCAGCGGACGGGGGAAUGACAGUCUGCUGUACCACCACCUGUUCGAUAACUACGAUGUAGAACUUCGGCCCGUGGCAGAGACAACAGACAUCCUGACUGUGGAGAUGGGAGUCGCCCUCACACAUAUCAUCGACAUGAACGAGAAGCACCAAACCCUGACAGCCAGCCUAUGGCUGACCAUGGGCUGGAAUGACACCCAUCUUCAGUGGGACCCAGAAGAGUUUGGCAGUUUCAAGACGAUCACCGUUCCUUCUCAGAAGGUCUGGAUGCCCGACAUCGUGCUGUACCAGAAUGUUGAUCCGUACUUUGACGGCUGGUCGCACCGUGAGACGUACGUGAAGGUGCACAGUAACGGCUACCUGCUGUGGGAGAUCCCGGCCGUCAUCGUGUCGUCCUGCCACCUGGACGUCUCCAACUUCCCGUUCGACACUCAGAACUGUCAGCUCAAGUUCGGCCCCUGGAUCCACAGCGGCUUCGAGCUGACCAUGCGCGCCAUGGCUGAGGACGGGAGUCUGGAGGGGUUUAUAGAACACCCCGAGUGGCGAGUCUUGUCUUUCAAAGCGACCGCCAACAUGAUCUGGUACGGGGAAGACUUCAACAUCGAAACUCCGUACGCUGACGUGACGUUUACCCUCGGGCUGCAGAGGAAGUCGACGUUCUACGUGUUUAACCUGCUGUUACCGUGUCUCCUGCUGACGUUCAUCAUGGCUGUGACGUUCUUCCUGCCCAUCAACUCCGGCGAGAGGCUGUCCUUCGGCGUGUCCUUACUCCUGUCCAUGGUCGUCUUCCAGCUCGUCAUCACAGAGGUUCUACCGGAAUCAGACAAGCUUCCCUGGAUCGGUCGGUACGUCAUCAUCACGAUGAUCCUGAUGUCCUUCUCCCUGGCGAUGACGAUCUUCGUCAUGCACGUGUGUGACUGCACGGUGUCGGUGGAGCCCCUGCCCAAGUGGGUCCGUGAGGUGAUGCUGAAGCGGCUCGCCAAGGCCCUGCUGAUGGGGGACCUGUCCAAGAACCUGCGCACCCUCGAGACGGACGAGUCCUCCUCCAAGAUAGAGCUGGUGAACGACAUCUCGGACCUUACCGACAGCCUGUACGCCAACAACAGCGGCGUACACUGCGGCCUGCACAAGGACGUCAAACUGGUGGACUGGUACGCGUUCCAGAUCAAGAUGACCAACACGCUGCACGACAUCGAGAGAAAGGUCAACGACGUGGUGGACAUUAUGCGGCAUCACCAGAGGCACAGGGCGUAUGAGAAAGAGUGGAGAAGUCUUGCCAAAGUGUUGGACAGAAUCUUCCUCAUUAUGUAUAUAUUAGUAGCCGGGGCCUGCCUCGUCAGCUUUGCGAGCAAUACGAGCAACAAACCUGGAUGAUUGCAGGAUAAACCUUUGAGCACUGGUAAGACCAAAGUCGGUAAGACCAAAGCCGAGGGGAAAUAGUCGUUCGCGAGUUGGCUUGCUUCUCUGCUCUGAGAACACUGUGGACCAGCUUAACCCACGCGUACUGGUAGGAGGUAUACGUGUAGUCCACGCCUCCACACAUGGCAUGCGGGUUUUCUUAGGGCUUCUAGAAUUUUUCGGUGGUGGGUAGGCUUUAGUCUAACGCACAGUCAGGUGAGUUAUUUUUGCAAGCGUUAUGACGUUAGAUGUCCUAUUCAGGCCUGCUAGGUCCGCAUGUCAAAGGAAUGUUAAUGUUAUAUAGGGUCAUGGGAUCAAGACCGAAAUGGGAUGAUUCUCACUCGGACAUGGUGGUUGAAAACAUAUUUGC